AAUAGUGGUCGGUCAAAUGUCAAAAAGUAGGUCAAUAUUUUACAUUCUACCAAUUCACAAUUUUACUCUACCUUUCAAUAGUCUCAAUACGUGUGUUCAUAUGUUGAGAUUUUUAUAGUUUUUUAUGCGAUUGUUUGAACGUUUGACGAUUUUUAGUAUUGAAGCAAAAGAAAACUAGUAGUUUAGGUUCACUUGAAAAAAUAAGUUAGUGCCAAAAAAAUCUUGAAACUUGUUUUGUAAAAUCAACCCCAGAGGAUGGUUUAAAUAGUGAAAUAUGGCUGAUAAACUAGGACUAGGAAGUGAGUGUCGAGAAUUAAAGAUUGGUCAAAGUUUCAGUAAUCCAAAAUCUAAAGCUUUCCACACUAUGAAAUAUGAUUUUAAGCCAGCCUCAGUCGAUACUAAUAAAAAAGCUACCGUAGAAGUUCCUGGAGUUAAUCAAGUUACUGUUACAGUACCUCAUUUAGACGGAGCUGGUAUUCCACAAACUGUCUUCAAGGGCUCUCAAAAACCAUAUACUAAAGAAUGCGUACUCAUAAUAGACAGAGUUACUGGUGAAAUUACAUUAGAGAAAUUGCGAUGCAAUAUUCAAGUUAAGAAAACUAGAAGUGAAUACAACAAACCACAUAAUAUAUCUAAAGGUGACAAAAUAUCUCAAAAUAAUGAUAGAUCCAGUAGUAGUUUGUUAUCAAACUCUAAUUCAAAACAGAGUUUGCCGAUGAGAUCUCAAACGCCUCCAGGAAACGCACCAGGUGGUAGUGUAACAAUGGGAGGAGUUGGUCAUCGCAUUUCAAGUAAAACGAAAGUCGCCAGUGGAAGCCGUAGAGGAGCUGAUAGACAGAUAACUCAUUUAGUUCCAAAGCAUUCACCUCUUCAUGCGAGUCCCAGUUACCCAUCUCCCGGACACCCAGUCAAAAGUCCAAAGAGAGAUCUAUAUAAUAGCAUUAAUGAGUCGCAUAAUAAUAUUAGUACACUUGCCAGCCUUCCUAUGAUAGGGAUAGACGAUUUUUCUGAACCUAGACCACCUUCAAGGAAUGCCCAGAACUCAUCAACUGUUCACAAUUCUAGAACACAAAAUUUGAGCAACCAACGAUCAUCACCAGAAAAGCGACAGACACCAACUGCUCUUCCCACAUUAAAGGUUGAAAACGGCGUUGGGGAAAUAACCGAUACGUCUUCAUCUAGUAGUGGAAGCGAUUCAGAUUCCGAUGAAGCCACGACAGUAAAUAAAAAUAGUUUUACCGGUAGUAAAAUGAAUGGAUAUAGUAAUGGUAAUGGCGCUGCGAUGAAAAUUGAUACAAGGUUGCUCAAUGAUGAUUUGUGCCUGUCUGAAAGUGGGUCUGACUCGGACUGAUUUGUUAUGUAGAGGCUUUUAUGAUGUUCAUUAUGUGUAUUAUUGUGAAAAGACGAUGUGGCAAAGUUUAUAUGGAAACGAUAUUUAGGAUUUGCAAUAAAUGAAAUUAUAUAUGUACUAUAUAUUUCCAGAAAUAUAUUCUGCAAAAUUAAGAAAAA